AUGGCCUAUUUUGGGGAAAGCUUAGUAGGGAUUGCAUCUGAAUGGCUCAUAGAUCAGGAUAUCACCAACUGGCACACAUGGGAUGAUUUGGCUCGAUGUUUUGUACAACAAUUCCAAUAUAAUAUUGACAUUGUGCCAGAUCGCUCCUCAUUAGCCAACACGAGAAAAAAGACCACGGAAAAUUUUCGUGAAUAUGCUAUCAGAUGGAGGGAACAAGCUGGUAGGGUUAAACCACCAAUGAAGGAGUCAGAGAUGAUUGACGUUUUUCUCCAGGCGCAAGAACCUGAUUACUUUCACUAUCAGCUUUCUUCCGUCGGAAAGACAUUCGCUGAAGUUAUUAAGGUAGGGGAAAUGGUGGAAAAUGGCAUCAAGUCUGGAAAGAUUGUAAGUCAAGCUGCCUUAAAAGCCACAAUGCAAGUGCUUCAAAAUGGUUGUGGAAAUAUUGGAGGGAAGAAGAGAAGGGAGGAUGUGGCCACUAUUGUAUCAGCGCCUAGGACUCAUGUCCAAGAUAAUUCCCCACAACACUAUUUUCCUUCCCAAGCUCCACAAUAUUUUAUCCCAUACACUCCAUAUCAUGUUUUUAACGCACAACCAAUUGCACCCCCUUCUCAUCCACAAUGUCGUGCACCAACUUCACAAAGUCAUCCACCACCCCUACAAGUUCAUCAAAAUACUGCUAGAAUUCCUUUCCGUCCUAGACCACAAUACAAAAAGGGAAAUGGCAUUAAAAAUAGGUUCACUACUAUUGGGGAGUCGUAUGCUAGCUUGUUCCAAAAAUUAAGGACGUUGAAUGUUUUGAGUCCUAUUGAGAGAAAGAUGUCGAAUCCUCCCCCGAGAAAUUUGGAUUAUUCUCAACAUUGCGCAUAUUGUUCUAAUGCCCCAGGGCACAACAUAGAGAGAUGUUGGUAUUUGAAAAGGGCCAUUCAGGAUUUGAUCGAUUCUAAUCGAAUUAUAGUUGAAAGUCCGAGUGGACCCAACAUCAAUCAAAAUCCAUUGCCUAGGCAUACUGAAACAAACAUGCUAGAAAUGAUGAAGGGUCAUGAAGAGUUUGCGUCUCUGUAUAAGCCAAUCCUUAGGGUGGGAACUGACAUUGAGAAGUCGGCCAAUGUUGUUGAUUUAACAAAAAUGAUGUCUUUAGGGGCGGAAAGUAGGUUAGAAAAGUUGAGUCCAUCAAACACACCCAUCUUAACUGUGAUAGGAGCCCUUGAAGAUGUUUGGGCAAGUCCAAGUAAGGCAAAAUCGUUUGUCCUAAAAAGGCCAAACAAGCCUAUCUUGAUCGUGCAAGGGGCCCAUAUUCCUCCUGUGAUUAUCAGGCCAGUAUCCCAGCUCCCAAUGACUAACCCCAAAGUUGUUCCUUGGAAUUAUGAGCAUACUGUCGUGACAUACAAGGGAAAAGAAAUUGAUGAAGAAAUAGAUGAAGUAGGAGGAAUAACCCGUUCAGGAAGAUGUUAUGUCUCGAUGGAAUUAAGGAAAACUAAAAAUGACCAAAUACAAAUAAAGAGUCCGAUCACUGAAGGAGAGGCAGAGGAAUACCUAAGGAAGAUGAAACUAUCAAACUACUCUGUGGUGGAACAAUUAAGAAAAACUCCAGCCCAAAUCUCUUUGUUGUCUUUGCUAAUACAUUCUGAUGAACAUCGUAUGGCUGUAAUGAAAAUUUUGAAUGAAGCACAUGUUCCUAGUAAAGUUACAGUGAGUCAGUUAGAGAAGAUUGCUGGGAGAAUAUUUGAGGUAAACCGCAUCACCUUUUCAGAUGAUGAACUACCCAAGGAAGGUACAGGACAUAACCAAGGCCUACAUAUCACUGUAAAGUCUGAGCUUUCGUAUGUCACUCGAGUUCUAAUUGAUGGAGGAUAUGGAGCAAAUAUUUGUCCUUUAUCAACUCUACAGAAAUUGAAUGUUAGUGCUGAAACGGUCCGACCCAAAAAUGUAUGUGUUAGAGCUUUUGAUGGGUCAAAAACAGAUGUCAUUGGUGAGAUAGAGCUCGUACUAACCAUAGGGCCUGUGGAUUUCGCUGUGAAUUUUCAAGUGUUGGAUAUCAACGCGUCCUACAAUCUAUUGUUGGGGAGGCCAUGGGUGCAUAGGGCUGGAGCAGUCCCCUCAACGUUGCAUCAAAUGAUUGAGUUUGAAUACGACCUACAAGAGGUGAUUGUUCAUGGUGAGGGGGAUUUGUCAAUCUACAAGGACUCUUCCUCCCCUUUUAUCAAGGCGAAUAAUGAGAAUGAGGCACUGGUUUAUCAAGCUUUUGAGGUAGUGGUUAUUGAGCAUGUCCCCGAGGGGAGUGUCAUUUCAAAACCAAAUAUGCCCAUCGCGUUUGUAAUGGUGGUGAAUGAAUUGUUGAAACAUGGGUUUGAGCCGGGUAAAGGCUUAGGAAUCUGCUUGCAAGGGAGAGCCUAUCCAGUGAGUCUACCAAAGAGCAUCGGUACUUUUGGCUUAGGCUACCAACCUAGAGUCGAGGACAAAAUGAAGGCAAAGAAGCAGAAGAGAGAUGUAUGGUCACUUACCAAGCCUAUACAACCAAUCUACAAAUCUUUCAUCAAAGCCCGCGCAACAGAAUCUUAUCAAUCAUCUUUUCCAGAACCAGUGAUGAAAGUAAGCGAAGAAAUGAUCAACUAUUUUCAAGAUUUAUUUGUCGAGGUUGAUAUGGUGGAACUCGGAGAAGGCACUAGCGACAGAGAUGUGAAAUUCAUUGGUCCUGAUGUCAAGCUAAACAAUUGGGAGGCCACCCCUCUCCCCGUUAAAUACGAGUCUUGUUCUUUCUCUGCCGAUUCUAGUGAUAUGACAUGCAUGCAGAAUUUUUCGCCAGAUCUUAAUAUCCAAUUUAAUCUUCGACCUAAUAUUGAAAUAAUAAGUCAAGAAAUCAAAUAUGAUGAAGACAGAGUAUUUGAAGAAGUAAGGAGGGAUUUCAAUCAUUUUGAAAAUAAGUCAAAUCCAAACAUGAGUGAAACUGAGACGAUAAAUUUGGGGGAUCAGGAAAUCAUUAAGGAGACUAAGAUAAGUGUACAUGUUCGACAUCAAAAGGACAAUAUAAUCAAGGCCUUUUUUUAUUACAAAGAUGUUUUUGCGUCAUCUUAUGAUGACAUGCCUGGAUAA